AUGGGGCUGGCUGAACUACCUCUUGAGUUGGUAAUAGCUAUUGCCAAAGCGUCACGAAAUGCACACGAUAUCAAUACCCUUGCCCGAACCUGCCGGCGCUUUUACCAGGGGCUGAAUACCUUCCUGUAUCAAUAUAGUAUUCGAUACUCUGGAGGAAGCGGAAUGUAUCGCGCGUCAGACACCGGCAAUGCUGCCGCAGUUGGAAAAUUUCUAGAUCACGGGGCCGACCCUAACGCUGCGUCUUCCGGCCCACCCCUGAUUCUAGCAGCAACUCGCGGUCAUUAUAAUGUCGCCGAGCUCCUGAUAAAGCGAUGCCCUGAUCUGAAUAUAAACAUCCGGGAUCCUGGUAGUCAUUAUUCAGCAUUCUUUUGGGCGAUCGUGAAGGGAAAUGAAGAGUUAGCAGCCCUGUUACUUAACGCAGGGGCGGAUAUCAAUCUGGGUGAUGAUGAAGGCAAUACCCCAUUUUCUGAAUCCAUAGAGGAAGGCAGCACUAAAAAAGUAAAAUGGCUGCUUGAUCAUGGAGCAAAAUUCGAGACUGAUGUACCGCACGGUGAUACUGCAUUAACAAUUGCUGCAGAACAUGGAAACGAAGAGAUUGUCAGACUCCUACUUGAGAAAGAUAUUGAUCUAGAUCAUAUGAAUAAGGAAAAUCGCACUGCCUUAUCCCUGGCAGUUGAAAAUGGAUAUCUGGGGAUUGCCAAGCUCUUGAUACAUAAAGGAGCCUCCAUCGACAUUGUGAAUGAGAAUGGCAUGACCCCUUUAGGUGGAGCUACCGAAUACGGGAAUGUGGAAAUCAUGGAACUGCUGAUUGAUAAUGGGGCUGACAUCGAUUUUCUGGACAGCAACGGUAGCUGCUGUUUAGCUAUUGCAAUGGAGGAAAAUCAAAUGUCAGCCUUCGAACUCCUGCUUAAGAAGGGGGCUAACAUAGACCUACAAGAUGACACAGGUAGCACCCCGCUUCAUGUGGCCGCUGGUCUUAGGAAUACUGAAUUUGCCAAAUUGCUUCUUGAACAUGGAGCAAAUAUAGAAGCUAAAGACUCAGCCGGAGAUACCCCCUUAUCAUCAGCUACAAGAAAAGGGUUCCUUGAAUCCGCCACUCUGCUUCUUGAUCGUGGAGCGAAUAUAGAGACUCGGAAUGAUAGUGAGCACACACCGUUAUUUACAGCGGCGAUUUUUGGGCAUAUGGACCUGAUAAACCUUUUAAUUGCGCGUGGAGCCUCUGUAAAUGUCAGUGAUGAAUUUGGCCGAACUCCACGGUUAGUCGCUAUUGCAUCCAAGAAUGACAAGCUACGUGCUGUGUUGAUAGAAAAUGGUGCAAUUCAUGAUCAUGAUGCCAAUGACGCCAUUGAUACAGAAAGCACAACUAAUGCUGGGUAA